AUGUGUACUCGAAUUCAUGCAUCAUAUAACAGUAAUGCCAUGAUGUACCUUAAAUUACGUGAGGAAGGUUGUGAGAAGACUUCUGCUAGAAAAUUUUGUCGAAAGCAGUUCUGCAAAGUAGGGUCACAUUAAAUUAGAUCGAUUAAACGUAAUCCUUUAUUGGCCCACCUGGACACAAGAUAUUGAAAAUUUAACCAGACAGAUUAUUGGGACAAAAAGGUUGGUAACAUGGUUUCCUUAUGAAAUACGAUUUAGGUAUUGGUUAUAAAGAAUCAGCAGGUAAGUUUUAUUUUAUUGUAUAGAUUUGAAUGAAAAAUUUACACCUGCUGAAAUGGCCAUUCUUAAAUAAUAUAAUGAAUAUGAGAAAAAGAAAAAUACAAUGCUUCUCUAAAAAAUGCUGGCUGUUAAAAAGUAUGCUGAUUCUUUAAGACCUCCAAAAUUGAAUGUUUUUAGUAAAACUUAUUUAGAAAGAGUUAAAAAUAUUUCAAAAGAGCUUAGAGAAAGUUAAUAAAAACCAAAGAAAUAUUUUGAAUUUGGUGAUAUGAAGUUUUAUGCACUUGUGGAUUAUUUCAGUAGAUAAGGAUCUAAAUAAGAUUUGAUGCAUAUUAAUUUUGAUCCUAUUGUAUAAGAGGACAUUAAAUUUAAAACAGAAAAUUCUCAUAAAGUUAAUACUGCUAGGACUUUUCGUAGAAUGGGGACUAUAAGUAAUAUUGAAAAAGAAGCUAAUUUCAUAAUGGCAUUGUAAUAAUAAGCUCCAUUAGGAGAAGAUUUAGAAAAGAUUAAAUAAAAACCUGAAGUAUUGUCUUUAUUAAAAUUAAAUCAUUAAAAAAUAGAUUUGGCUGAAGAAUUUAACUCAACAUAAUACUUAUUUACUCCAACUAAUGCUUAAACUUUAUAAGUAAAUUCAGUUGAUGAUGAUGCAAUGAAAUCUUUUGUACAGUAAUUUUAUUCAAAACAAUAUGAUGAAAAAUCAAACUUAUUAAUGCCAUUUAAAAAAAAUAUUAGAAUGAGAACUUAAGCUAAUAGUGAUUUUAAAAAAACGCCUUAAAAACCAACCAACAAAGUAAAAACUUUAAGUAUAUCUUGA